AUGCGGAUAGAUGUUUCGUUUUUGGUUGCUCGAAUGAAGCGAUGAGCGCCCUGAAGCAAAGCGAAGGAGAAAGAUAUGGGUGAACUUUGUCAAGACACAGCGUGCAAUGGACACCAUCAAAAUUCUCUGCUGUAUGUUCUGAGCAUUUUACUCCAGAGGAUUAUGAGAAAUACCUUGUUGAGAUACCUGGAACAUGAGACUAUACGCCUCAGUUAAAGAAGGACGAAACAGGUGUAGUUGUCUAUCCAAGCAAAUUCACAAGAAGCAAUCUUGCAGACGAAGUCUCCCCUCGUGACAAGCACCAGGUAUGUUUAUAUAUAUAUUUGUUUAUAUUUGUCAUUUGAUAAAUAUUUUGAUCGCGUCAUUCGUGUGCAUUGUGUCAGUAUUAAUUUGUCUUAAUUGUAUUUAUUAAUUUAUAAGUUUGCAUUUCUUUUACUGGUUAGGGAAGAAAGAAAGUCGAAAUGAUUCUGGCUGAAGCAUCUUCGUCGUAUGAAGAUAUAAAACUUGAGGAUGAUGUCGAGUCGAAAUACAAGACUAUCGACACAGAUGAGAUGUCAUGUGAUGCUAUAAUUGCUACUGAAACAACCAGGAUGCAUGUCGAUGAUGAUGAUGAUCCUAGAAAUAUAUCAUCCCUUUCGUUCGACCAGGUAUUAAAGGCUUUGUUUAUAAAGUGUAAACUAUAAAUCAUGCUAGUACUUGCUAACCAAGAAUCCAAGUCCUAUUACUGUAUUACGAUAUGCAAUAUAAUUUAUAAAUUACAGUUAUACUUUCAGAAGGUUUGUUGACAGUGAAGCCCAGACAGAGGAAUGUGUAGGAUGCAAAUGUCUAUGAAGGCGGCAAUGUUUAAAUUGAAAAAGAAAGAUUUGCACAACACUGAUCAAGGUAUUUAAUAAUGUCAAACUAUAAUUAUCUUGAGCCCAACUUUAAAUUCCUAGGACCUAAAUAACCCCAUGUUAUCGAUGGAAUAGUGGUUGCAUAAAAAAGCAAAAUAACAUGCUAGUAAACUCAAAUGCCCUCCACAUCUGUUUAGACGAUACCUACCCAGAUCCUUGCCAAGAACCACAUUGGCACAUGAUGAAGUCAUGCAUUUAUCCGACAAUGAUAUGGACACAGAUGAUGAAUAUAUGAUGGAAGAAGAUGACACCACAGAUUUGUCUGAUGACAGUGAUGAUGAUAUUGGUGAAGAUGGAGAAGAUCAAAUUUUGCAUUCAGUGAAUAGGUAUGGUAUAUUUUGUGUAGAUUUGUCUGUGAUUUAAUCAGAAUUUAUCCCUCCUAUCACACUUAUGGGAGAGAUAUGAGAGGUUGACAAAUGCUGCGAAUGAUUCUAAUGAUCCCUUAAAACCUGAAUUCAUCAGCACAGAUAAUACUGUAUGAAUUGAAUAUGGUGCUUACCACCAUAAAAUAUGCAUUGUUAGCACAAUGCAAGCCUACAAUUAACUUUAGUAAUAUCAGUUUAUAUGGAAUUAUUCAUUUAUCUAGAAAGGAUAUUACAGACAAUAUCCGCCAACAGCCGAAGUUUGUUGUGUUCCUCACACAGUUACUGUUACUGUUCAAGACUUGCUUCUUUUGCCGCCAUGAAAGUGAGCCUUCACUGAUAGUGUCACAAGUUGGAACAAUGGUAACAAUAACUGCCAGCUGCCAAAACCCAAAGUGCAAGAAAGACUUUGUCUGGAAAAGUCAGCAACUAAUGCCAGGGACAAAAAUUUAUGCAGGAAAUUUCCUGUUAUCCUUUGCUAUCUUGGUAGCUGGAUCAUCAGCAAGCAAAGUUUUGCAAGUUAUGAAGCACAUGGGACUUGCUUGCAUUUCAUUGUCUACAUAUUUUAGACAUCAACAAGUAUCAUUAGAAACACUGAAAUGCACAAAUACAUUUCUUGAUAGGAGGGUGUUGAUGGGGUAUAUUGUGAUUGCUCAAUUUUGGUUACCGUCAGUCAUGAAAACACCAAGAAUUUUACCUUGAAGCAUGAGGAAAAAUACUGUUUACGUUUCAGAACACUUUUCAGCAUGUUCAAAGAUUUACCGUUUACUAAUUUUCAGACCCCCAUCUAGACCCUCUGAUAGGUGAACAUGUUUGAAAAUAUAAAUUAUUAAGCAGGUCUGCAGGUAUAAUAUGUAAAGCCAUAAUAUACUUGAACACAAGGAUGCCAAAAUAAAAAAAAUUCCAAUUCAAUUUGUUUCUUUGGCUCUUUAUUCAUUAUUAUAGAAAGUCAUAUUGCCUUCAAUACAUCUACAUUGGAAGGAAUACCAAAAGAAAAUUGUGAACCAGGCUAAAGAAGCUGGCUCUUUGGUUUUGGCAGGAGAUCGUCGGCAUGACAGUAUGGGACAUUGUGCAAAAUAUUGUGCAUAUACAAUAUUGAGCUGCACCACAUCCAUCAUUAUUCACUUUUCCCUAGUACAGGUAAAUGAAAAGUACUGUAUUUAUCUCAAUACUUUCCAGCCUGUUAAUUAUAGGAUGGGUUGCAUGAAUCUAUUUCUUGUAUAUAUGUGAGUAAAACUAUGUGUUGGUUAUGUAGUGAUGUUCUAUUCCCCAAUAUUGAACACACCUUAUUCUACAUAUAGCGAAAUGAAGCAGGUAGCAGCCCAGCAAUGGAAUAUUUGGCUUUCCAAAACUGUAUGGGAUUCUUGUCGGGAUGUCAACUUGUGAUGUCAACAUUCGUUUCUGACAGACAUGGUUCCAUCAGCAAACACAUGAAGACAAAGUUGGCUAAUGUGAAACAUUACUUUGAUUUGUGGCAUCUGGUGUACCAAGAAAAUGAAUAGAUGGUGUACAAAUAUCAUGGGCUAAAUGAACUGACUAAAUGGUCAGACUAAAUGAACUCUAUAUCUAAAUAUACACCCUUUUCCAGAGAUAACAAAAGUACUGACAAAAGUGUCAAAGGAAGGUGGAUGCAAAGGAGUGACAGAGUGGAUAAAGCCUUGUGGCAAUCAUGUUUAUUGGAGUGCUUGUUCCACUCAUGAUGGCAACGGAACAGUUAUUUGGGCAAAGUUCAAAUCUUUCCUUAGCCACAUAGUAAACAAGCAUGACAGUUUAGAUGACCCACUGUUUUCAAGAUGUGCUCAUGGGCCAGAUAUUUCUCCCUGUGAGUAUCUAUUUGAUGGUAUGUGUCUGUCUAUAAGCAUCAGCGCUCUCCGCUUGACGAGUAAAAUCAUUGGGUAUUAGACCGAGUAAAAUAAUAAAGUAGGGCGCAUCAGGGGUACAAUGCAACUUAAUGGGUUAAUGAUGCCCAAGCUACUGUAUUUCAACAAUAAAUUUGCACAUAUACUAUGUCAAGUACUGUAGGUGUGGAAAGUUAUGAUGCUGGACAAAGGACAGCGUUUAAGAUAUUAGAACUAUCAAACUGUCAAGUACCUUCACAUUGUAUAUAAUUAUAUUGACAAUGUAUAUCUUAUUGUUUUUGUUUGUGGAAACACCACGUAAACUUAUUACUGCAAAGCUUUCGAUCCAUAAGCCCGGAUCUUCAUCAGUGCUAAUAAUAUAUCUUCAUAUGUGCUAAUAAUAUGUAUAGAUCCGGGCUUACGGAUCAAAAGCUUUGCAGUAAUAAAUUUACGUGGUGUUUCCACAAACAAAAACAAUCAUAUUUUAUCGCCAUGCAAACAUUCAAAGAACUUAUAAUGUAUAUCUUGACAAUAAAACGCAUACAAUAUAAUAUCAAUUAUACGGAUUGGUAAUUAAAAUCGAAUGCCACAUGAGCAUGUGGAAUUAUUGCUAUUAAAUUUGAUAUUUCUCUUCUCCAGAAUCAAAGGCAAACUUCUUCAAACCCAGGCUCAGAAUACACUAAUUUAUAUGAACUGAACCUAUAACAUUUAUAUGAAUUGCAAGAAAAAGAGAAAUCUAGUGCCUUGGAGAAGGAAAUGGCUCUUCAUGUUCAUGAAAGAAAUCUAAAUAAAUCUGAACAAGAAAGAUUCAAUUACCCUGGCUUUGAGAAUCAAAUUCCUCAGCAUAGUCUGCAGUCUGUUAUUCAUCGAAACAGUUUUUCACCGCUAUUUACUGACGAUAACACAAAUGCUGAUAUACCUGAUAUCCAAGAUGAACGUCAAGAGUCAAUUAAUCCCUCUUAUAAAGAUAGAGUUCAGCAUGGAAAAUCUAGAACCACUACCAAACGUACUGAGACUACUUGGCAACAGCGAGUUCUAUGGAUCAGUUGCAGAGUGUAACAAAAGAAGUCCUUAAUGAGACAGGGAACGCAAACCUACCUCGAAGUAAUAAUCAUCAUUUACAUAGUAGACCUCUUAUGAUAAAGAGCGCUCUAACACAAUAGAGCAAAACUCUCAGAACAGAAAGGAGAAAACCAAACGAUGAGUAAUAAUUGCUGGUGACUCAAUAAUUCAGCAUGUUCAUGGUUGGGAACUUUCUAAUGAGGAUUACAAUGUAGCAGUUAAGGUGGCUCAAUACAGUUUUUGAAAUAUGACAAAAUCGUGAUUUAGAUUUAAUUUUUUUAAGAGAGGUUUUUUGUUAGAAAACAAAAAUUGUACCACAUAUAUUGAGCAAUCUUCUAAGAGUUGAAAAUUGUUCACAAAAAUGAUGUCAUUGCCAUUGCUAUGGUAACAAUGACGUUUCAAUAUGGCCAACAUUUUACCUUUUAACACAUUUUAAUCGACAAAAAGGCCGGUUACCCCCAAUUUUUACUUUGUGAAACGUUUUCAUUUGGAAAAAUGAAUGAUAUGAACAAGUUUAAAAAAAUUCUGUAGAUCAGAAUUUUAAAAAAAUUAAAAAACGUGAUUUUUCGUGAUAAAUAUUUUGGAUCUACAGAAUUUUUUUAAACUUGUUCACAUCAUUCAUUUUUCUGAAUGAAAACGUUUCACGAAAUAAAAAAUGGGGAUAACUGGCCUUUUUUCAAGUAAACUGUGUUAAAAGGUAAAAUGUCGGCCAUAUUGAAACGUCAUUGUUACCAUAGCAAUGGUUAUGAUGUAAGUUAGAAGACAUGAAAGAUUACUUAAACCCUCUUACUCAUCUGAAACCAGAUAAAAUUAUUCUUCACAUUGGUACAAACAAUCUUAAAGAUGCAGAUAUGGAACCCCAGAACCUGGCUGAAGGUAUUUCUGGUCUUGCAUUACAAAUUAUUACCAACUCUCCUUCUACAAAAAUAUGUUUCUAAUUUAAUAACUUGACAAAAUAACUCAAGUCGAAUAAACAAAAUUAAUGAGACGAAUAAGCGACUUAAGGUCAUAUGUAUUAGUUAUAAUAGGUGUUUGAUAGAUAAUGGCAAUAUAGACAGAUCUUGUUUAAACAACGUGGUUUGCAUCUAAACCAUAAAGGAAGUAGUUUACUGAGUCGAAAUUUUCUUUGUCAUUUAUCAAAUUGAUGUGUAAUGCAGGUUAGUGUUAGUAAAAUUAAACUACAUGAGUCUGACUUUUCUAAGGUCAAAGGUUUCAGGAUGGCCAUGCUUAAUAUAGUCAGUUUACUAAAACAUAGACGAGUUUUGUAUUUUACUCGCAACUUUGAAAUUUGAUAUUCUAGCAAUUAAUGAAACGAGAUUAGAUCGAUCCAUUUCUGACGAUCUCGUAAGUAUUCCAAAUUAUGAUAUAAUUCGUUUUGAUCGUAAUAGACACGGAGGUGGGGUUUGUUAUUUUCGUAAAUAAUUCUAUAAGAUCGAUCCACUUCUGACGAUCUCGUAAGUAUUCCAAAUUAUGAUAUAAUUUGUUUUGAUCGUAAUAGACACGGAG